GUCGCCGCUACCAGUCUUCACGGGACGCCGUUGCUUUCGAAACAUCUGAGCAUUACGCUACUACUUUAUACCCUCUUUCUGAUUCGUUCCUCGGCACAGAAGUUGCAAAAUGUGGAUAUCAGAAGUAGUUUCACUGUCACCAGGCCACUUGGGCACGAUGGCGAGACAGGGCUGUUUGCUUAUCUGUUCUGCAACACGUUCUGGACCUGGCCUGGUAUCGCGAAGCAAAGAUAUAUAGAACGUCCUAUCUGACACUCUGUUCUGACGUGCCAGCUAUUCGCGCUCAGGUAGACAAUACUAGCAACGCAGCAAUCAUGAAGAAAACAUGCCUACUUGGUCUUGCACUGUCGAGUACCACAUCAGCCUUGAUCGGAUAUGGCAAAUCGAUGUAUGACCCUCCCUGCGCCUUCGCAUGCCGCGACAUCUUCUCCGGCGCAAUGCUCGCCUGCUCUGGCCAUGACCAUGCCACCGGCGCCCAUUCGCACGGGCAAGGCGCGACAUCGCCUGAAUGCUACGCAAGUGACACUCCCUGGCUGACCACUCUCGCCAAUUGCAUCAACAUGACCUGUACGGAUACCGCGCCAUGGAAACUUGAGAAAUACUGGACAGAGAGGGUUACUGGCCGCUUUACCGGAGUCUUGCCAAAUUGGACGUAUCAGGAAACAUUGGUGCAAAUGCAGGGAACGGAGCCACCAAGUAGACUUCUUGAAGAAGACGAGAUGCUGAAUUUCACCGCGAGUUAUGACGAGGAGACUUGGGAGAGCACUAGGGGCGCGUUGCAGUCCUUCGAAGCCAUGGAGGUAACGCAUUCGAGAUAUGGAAUCGUUCUUCUAGUCGUCAGCUUCGCGACUCCGAUUGUUACCACCUGCCUCGGCCAUCUGCCUUACAUGACUUUGUUACUCGACAAACUCAAGCCACGCUUCGUCUGGCCGUCUCUCAUGGGCACCUACCAUGUCCGCGCCCUCCCCUUCACACUUGGCAAUGCGCCCACUAUAGGGCAGACAUGGUACAUUCUCCUCUUUCUCGUCCUCAAUAUAGCCUUUACUGCUGGAGGCUACCGAUCUUUCCAAUACCCAGCGAACGCCUGGUUUCCCGACGCCUGGCAGGAGAUUAUGGCCUACAUGUCAAAUCGCACAGGUGUUCUUGCCUUUGCGCUUGCCCCUCUCGUCAUCCUGUUUUCUGGCCGUAACAACGUACUCCUCUGGCUUACGAGUUGGAGCCACUCAACAUAUAUGUUGCUGCACCGCUGGGUCGCACGUAUCUUCACGCUGCAGAUAAUCUUGCACUCAAUACUCGAGCUUAUCUUGUACAAAAGAAAAGGCAGCGUGGAUGCAGAGCAGAAGGAACCCUACUGGAUUUGGGGCAUUGUCGCCACCAUCGCGAGCGUGAUCAUGAUUGUCAUAUCGAGCCUGUGGUUUCGAAGAAAGAGCUACGAAAUAUUCCUCAUCAUUCACAUCAUCCUAGCCGUUUUCGUGCUCGCUGGAAGCUGGUACCAUGUCGAGCUGCUCUUUAGUCGACGCUGGGGAUACGAGUUUUGGAUCUACGCUGCAUGCGCAGUGUGGUUCUUUGACCGCGGUGCGCGAGUUGCUCGAAUCCUGAAGAACGGCAUGCGUAGAGCAGAGGUCACCCAAGUCACCCAUGACAUCGUUCGCAUCGAUAUCAAGGGCGUUCGAUGGGACGCAACGCCGGGCAGACACACAUAUGCCUACUUUCCGAGUGUGAACCCGCUCAGACCAUGGGAAAACCACCCAUUCAGUAUUGUGCCGACUGCACUCCUCCGGUUGCGUCAUUACAGUCUAGCUGCGAGUAGUUCUUCAUCAAGCUCUGAGCAUGAGGCUGCUGUCGACAUCGAGAAGUCCGGCACUGCAACUGCCAUCAACGCGCGUCUACCCCACUCCUUAGCACCCACAGACACAUCUGGUAUUUCGCUGUACGUUCGGAAAUCUACGGGUAUCACGAAGGCACUUGCGGCUCACAAAUCACUCCUCACUCUACUGGAUGGCCCGUAUCCCAAUAACUCUACUGCCGCAGUCCUGCGCACCGAUCGCUUAGUCCUGAUCGCUGGUGGCAUCGGUAUUUCAGCUGUGCUUCCCUUCAUCGCGCAACACCACAACGUCUCUAUCCACUGGAGUCUGAAAGCAGCUGAUCAAGGGCUCGCCAAUGAUCUCGCAACAUUCAUGGACGGGAUCAAGGAGAAACACGUGCACGUCGGCGAAAGGUUCGAUGUCGGUGCUGUGCUGGGGCGAGAAAAAGGCGAAGGGUGGAACAGGAUCGGAGUUGUGGUUUGUGGGCCAGGUGGGAUGUGUGAUGAGGUGAGGAGCUCUGUGAGUCAACGGGCGAGGGAGUCGUCGAGAACGCGGUGGGAGUUGGAUGUCGAGGCAUUUUCGUGGUAAACGGGCAUGGUGGUACGGAUCCAGGGCGCAUACAUACCGGUAUGUAGUACCAAGGCGGAUUUUAUUGUUGAACCUUGACGUCUAGAAGUUGGUGUAUCAAGGUAAGAACACGCAUUGGCAGGUCUGUUGCACGUCUCGGCCCUCAGCUCAUC